AUGGCUGCAUCGGGAGAAUGCUUCCCUUCGCUGCAAUGCCUCAGCGGGGACGUGCCGGAUCUGUGCAAGAAGGCAGGCGUUGCAUGUGCCACCAACUCGGUCAAGCACAACGUCCAAAGUCCUCAAUCACCAGACAACCACAUCUCGCCAGUGUACGCCCCGACUCCAGCAUCGACAGGAUCACAAGCAAUAACAACCUCAAGCGACUCCGAAGAAUCACAAUCGGGACACACUGCACAUGAAGCGAAGACACCAUACCCGCAAGGCCGGACCGCAACAAGACCAACAAGACCUCAUCGCCGCAUUCCACACACCAUCAUUGAACGAAGGUACCGCGACAACCUCAACACUCAGAUCGAGACUCUCCGUCUAUCGUUACCAUCGCUCAAGAAUGCGUACGUCUGCUCGCCUGAUGUUGAGGAUAGCGCGCUUCCUCCGAGGUUACCUUCGAAAGCCAUGAUCAUUGCAACGGCAGCGACAUAUAUCAAGGAGCUCGAGGCGGAACGUAAUCAUGCGAUUGACAGCGUAUCAAGUCUGCAACAACAAGUCAACGAUCUCCAGAAGUUGAUACAAUGCAACGACUGCUCGAUACUACAGUAUCUGCAAACAGUCGGCAACCCCAACCAAGUCGCAAUGCAGACAUAG